GUUUGACUUUGACGUAAGUUAUAAGUCGAGGACGGACACGACGACUGGAGAUUUAUUUCUCGGCUUAGCUCAAUUUGUGCAUCGAUUACAUUUCACAUGAUAGAAUCUACUGAAUAUUCUAAAACAAAACACAUCAUAACAGGCAUCGUGACUUAAUAAAGCAUUUAUAAAUCAUGGGUAAAGCCAAAAAGGGGAAGAAGAAUCAGUCAGCGGAAGAUGGUGAUAGUGAUGUGGAAACCACGACUAUUGAGAACCUGAAACCGGCCCAAAACAAGGGACAGAAAAAAAUUAUAGAUUCUGAUGAAAGUGAAGAUGAGAAACCCAAAGCAAAAGCUAAACAAAAGAAAUCAACUGAUUCAGAUGUAAAGGAAGUCACAAAAAAUAUAAAAAAUGUGUCAAUCUCUACCAAGUCACAAAAGAAAAAAGUGGAUGCUAGUAGUGAAGAUGAAUCAGAUGAAGAAGAAAAACCUAAAACGAGUAAAAAUAAGAAAGAAGAAAAAAGCGCUUUUUCACUAUUAGAAGUUGAGGAUUCAGACGGAUCAGCACCUGAAGCGCCACCAUCUUCUGAUGAUGAAAAGCCUGUAUUAAAGUCACAGAAAAAACCUGCUCAGGAAAAGAAAGAACCAGCAGGUAAAAAAGGAAAGAAAGCAAAAAGAAGGAAAGAUGAAAGUGAUGAGGACUUAGAGAAAGUUCUGGCUGAGCUAGAAAUGGAAUAUUCUGGUGUCAAAAAGGAAGUAACUCCAGCAGCUGAACCUGAAAAGACAGCCGAAGUUGUUGAAGAAAAACCAAAGACAAAGAAAAAAAGUAAAAAAGAAGAGCCUCAACCAGAGCAAAAUGAAAAUGAACCAGAUGAAAAAGGAAGUGACAAUGAAAAUGAUAUAACAAUAAAGACUGCAGCGCAGAAGAAGAAAGAAAAGAAAGAGCGGGAGAAACAGAAAAAAUUGGAGGCAAAGAAAAAGGAACAAGACGGUAAAAAAGAGCCAACAGAACCAAAACCUAUACCAGCCAAACCUGAAGAAAAGAAACCUGAACCUGCUGAAGAAGUAAAGAAUGAACCUAAAGCUCCAUCGGAAGAAAAAGAAAAAGAAGGAGAGGGUGAAACCCUUGCAACAGAAGGAAAGAAAAAGAAAAAGGGCGAGAAAGCUGAUAAAGAUGACAAAGGUAAAAAGGGGCCUACGAAAAAAACUCUUGCAGCCAUGCAAGAGGCUUUAAAGAAAGUUAAAGAAGAGGAAGAGCGCAUGCAAAAAGAAGAAGAAGAAAGGAUACGGCAAGAAGAGGAGAGGGAGCUUCAGAGACUAGAAGCAAUUAGAUUAGAAAAAGAACGCAAAGAAAGGAAGAAACAAAAGGAAAAGGAGAGAAAAGAAAGACUUAAGGCAGAAGGCAAACUGCUAACCCCCAAACAGAGGGCAGAAAAGGCCAGAGCUCAGGCAAUGCUUGAAUCAUUAAAGGCGCAAGGUAUUGAAAUUGGAACUACUGAGAAAAAGCCCCCACGUCUUGGAACUAGAAUUAAGCCAACGAGAUUAAAAUCACAAUUGUCACAGGAAGCUCCUGUUACUCCAGUAGAGGAAAAGAAAAUCGAAUUGGAAAUUACAGAUAAGAAGGAGGAAUCACCAAAAGAAGACUCACCUAAAAAGGAAUCGGAUACUGAGUCAGUUAAAGAUGCAUGGGAUGCUGAGUCAUCUGAGGAAGAGGAGCCUGAAAAACCAGAAGCAUUACCACAGCCGAAAACUGAUGUGAAGAAAUCUGGGGCGGAAGACAAAGCUAAUGAGAAGGAAGAAGAAGAAAGUUCUGAUGAAGAAGAUGAUAGUUCAGAGGAAGAAUCAAGUUCUGAAGAAGACUCAGAUGACGACCAAAUGACAGACGCUCAAAAGAAGAGGGAGUUAGUUCUUAAGAGAUUAGAGAAACGUCGGGAAGACAAUGAAAAGAAUAAGGGCAACAAUCCAUUGCGCGCGGCUGUCGUCUGCGUACUCGGGCACGUGGACACAGGCAAGACUAAGAUUCUGGACAAGCUGCGUAGAACCAAUGUACAGGAUGGGGAAGCUGGCGGUAUAACUCAACAAAUCGGAGCCACUAAUGUUCCUAUUGAGAAUAUCAAGGAGCAAACCAAACAUGUAAAAGGGGUAAAUGAAAUAGCUUUCAAGUUGCCAGGCCUGCUCAUCAUUGACACUCCUGGGCACGAGUCCUUCAGCAACCUCAGGAACAGAGGCUCUUCAUUGUGUGAUAUUGCCAUUCUUGUUGUAGAUAUUAUGCACGGGCUAGAACCACAGACAAUCGAGUCUAUAAACCUCCUGAAACAGAAGAAAACGCCGUUCAUAGUUGCGCUGAACAAAAUAGAUCGUCUGUACGACUGGCAGAGCGCUCAACGCAAGGAUGUGCGAGACAUCUUGAAGUUGCAGCAACCAAAUACUCAGUUGGAGUUCGAGAAGAGAAGCAAGGAUGUUAUCAUACAGUUUGCGGAACAGGGUUUGAACGCAGCUCUAUUCUACUCGAACCCAGACCCGCGCACGUAUGUGUCGCUGGUACCGACGUCAGCCGUGACGGGCGAGGGCAUGGGCAACCUGCUGGCACUGAUCGUGCAGGCGUGCGAAGGCCCGCUACACAAGCGCCUUGUGUUCUCACACCAGCUGCAGGCUACUGUGCUUGAGGUGAAAGCAAUCCCCGGCCUGGGCACGACGAUCGACACAAUCCUCAUCAACGGCACGCUGCGGGAGGGUGACACUGUCGUGCUGGCGGGGACUGACGGACCCAUCGUCACGCAGAUACGGUCCCUGCUCAUGCCGCAACCGAUGAAAGAGCUUAGGGUUAAGAAUGCGUACAUAGAAUACAAAGAAGUGGUGGCGGCGCAAGGAGUGAAGAUAGCUGCUAAAGAGUUGGAGAAAGCCAUCGCUGGCCUCAAUCUGCUUGUAGCUCAGAAACCAGAUGAAGUUGAAGUAUUGAAAGAGGAAGUGGCAAGAGAGCUGAAGUCUGCUCUGUCGUCCAUCAAACUGUCAGAACGUGGCGUGUACGUGCAAGCGUCCACAUUGGGAUCGCUGGAAGCUUUGCUGGAGUUUCUUAGAACUAGUAAAAUCCCUUACUCCGCCAUCAGGAUAGGACCGGUGGUAAAACGUGACGUCAUGAAGGCGUCCGCCAUGUUGGAACACGAUUCGCAGUAUGCUACCAUUUUGGCAUUCGAUGUGAAGAUCGAACGCGACGCGCAAGAGAUGGCGGACAACUUGGGCGUGAAAAUUUUUGCGGCGGACAUCAUCUACCACUUGUUCGACAAGUUCACGGCCUACCGCGACGAGCUGAAGCAGAAGAAGCGCGAGGAGUUCAAACACAUUGCCGUGUUCCCUUGCAAGAUGAAGAUUCUGCCGCAAUUCGUAUUCAAUUCUCGAGACCCUAUCGUCGCUGGUGUGAUGGUGGAAUCGGGUGUUGUCAAAGAAGGGACGCCUAUUUGCGUGCCCAGUAAAGAGUUCGUGGAGCUCGGCAUCGUAACGUCCAUCGAAGUGAACCACAAGCAGGUGGAGACGGCGCGCAAGGGGCAGGAGGUGUGCAUCAAGAUCGAGCCCAUCCCCGGCGAGUCGCCCAAGAUGUUCGGCCGACACUUCGACGAGACUGAUUUCCUAGUCAGCAAGAUAUCGCGUGCAAGUAUCGACGCCUGCAAGGAUUACUUCAGGGACGAUCUCAUCAAAUCCGACUGGCAACUAAUGGUGGAGUUGAAAAAGCUCUUCCAAAUUCUUUAACUACCCCCCGCCGAGCUGUUUUGCAUUGUAACAUCUUGUAGUCUCUCGUUGUGUCUGUAACACUAUGUUACGUGUGAUUUUUUACUUGCUUUUUUUAUAAAGCUCUCAUCCUAAAAGCAAUUUCUGUGGUGCGAAGAUUUUUAUCAAAUAAUAUCGCCUGGCCUAAUUGUCAGGCAUUGUCUGAUCCAUCUAAUUCAUCUGCGUUGUAAGUAUGUCAGACAGUAGAAACCCUAGAACUAGCGUUAGUGUCCGAAAAAAUUGUUCUUAAAAUCUCAGCAUUUAUGUAUGUGUACCAGUGGUAUACAUAAUAUACUUACUUUUUCUUGGAUAAUUCUUCUUAGGAUUGACGAAAAGUUAACGCUUGACCAAUUUGACGUGAUUGUACUAUACUUGAAUGCGCUAGUCUACGAGUAUAUGAUGGUUCUACGGAGCCAUGCCCAUUAUGACCAUACUCUCACGUCAGUCAAUCUGUUUAUUAUUCGAGACUUUAACAAGUUACCAGAUCUUUCACCUAGAGAUUUCAUUUUACCUAAUUUUAAUUGAUUUAAAAUUUCAUAAAAUACUCGUAUGUAUCGGACACUCUGCUUUUUUUGUAUUGUAGUAUAAUUUGUAUCAAUUUUUAAUUUUACCACCAAGAGCAUCAUAGAAUCUCGUACCCGUAAUUUAUACGGAUACAAACAUCAACAUGUAUAGCGUCCAUACAUUUUUAGUGAUUAUUUUUCGUAUUUUUAUUUCGAUUUUAAACUUUAAACACCGAGCAUGAAAGUUGGUGUAAUUACCUACGCUCUCGUUAACAUGUGUAAAUAGUCCAUUAGAAGUUAUAUUUAUUAAAACUAAAGCGCGUUUCACUUUCAACCUUUUGGUAUCUUUUUAUGGAUUUCGAAAAUUAUGUAUAUUUCUUUGGGCAACCAAGUAGACCACCAAGAAACAGCUACUAAGUUAGAUAUUUGAAAUUUGAAUGUAACGUGUAACAGUAGAUGCUGCCAUUGUUAUGUCCCGGGCUCAAAUAGGCAUUGAGCAUUUAUAAACCUAAACCUUAAUAAUAUGUGACCUGCCGUAACCUUACGUAAGUAUCGCUUAUGUGCCUGAGUAGUCCAUUUUUACACUAAUCAGAAAUUUAUUCCUUUUUCUUCUUGUCUUGUUUGGUGGCUUUUUGUAGUGCCAGAUCAGAAAUUUAUUAAACGUAGGUACGAAGCCCGACUUUUUCGCUCUCCCUCGCUACGCUCAGGCGCUAACUCCGCGCUAGGCGUGUAAAAAUGGACUAAUUCAGUUUCACUGCAAUGUAGGUACUAUUAUAAUUUUUUUCUUAUACCAGAAUUCUUUGUAAAUAUUCAGAUAAAUUAUUUGCUAUAUGUACAUAAUUAAAGUGUGGCAACACUGAUAUUUUAUUUUAAUUUUAAUUACCUAUCUGUCCGAAAGUGCAAUAAACGAUCUCGGGUUUACUAUUCGUUCAACACACAUAAUAUUAUGUUGUUGUAGGUGGAAUUAAAUGAAAUGGAGGACAUACUGUUAAAUAAAAACUACGGCGGAAGUUUUUAUUUUUAUUGGAAAAGGGUGCAAGCCUUGCAAGGGUGACUUGCGCAGCGCACUCGCAAACUAUAACUUGACAGAAUGAAGAUAGUGGGUAGACUUGUAAAUGUCACAUUUCAAAUCGCGUGAAUGACUAUUCAGACACUAUUACUUACUUCUAUAACUUGCGGAUGCGUUGCCUAGAUUUUUCAAGCCCUAUACUUUAUAUUAUGCUGUUAGGCUAACGCUACAUUGCACUAAAAUUCCGUCACCGGCCUUCCGCAACGGAAUGCCACUACAUGUUGUUACCUUAUAAUUUGCUAGUAUCGGGCACAUUAUAUUAUGUAUACUGUAAUAAAGUUACUAUUGUAAUAAAAUACAGUGGCGCCCCGUCGCGGAAAAUUGACGGCGGAAUUUCCGCGCAAUGAGCGCUAAAACUCGCAUAAAUAUUUGAACUAGCUAACGGAGAUCAAUUAAGUACUUCUAAUAAUUAAUUUAUUAGGUAUUUUAACUAUUAAUAAAUUGAGAUCGAAUAUUAUGAAAUGUAAAGCAGAGUAAUUUAUUGAUUUAUUUAAUUAUUUCAUACACCUGAUAUACCUAAUACAAUCAAAAAAUAUUGUGUUGUCCAAUUGGUUAAACUAAUUUAGUAGGUACACCUAUUUUAUCCUUGUCAUCGAGUCCAUAAUCGAUAAAGAUACAGAAGGUUGUAAUUUUUGUAGGUAUUAUCCCUUUUAAAUGCUUUGUAUUAUAUAGAUGGAAUCGGACAUAUUCUUGUAUUGAAGAAAUUUAAUAAAUUACGAAAUACA